UGAUACAUGAGGAGGCCAUGGUGAAUGUGUUUGUCAUUGCCUUCUCUUUCAUCCACCAGUGCUCUUCAUUUGCCGAUGGAAUGAGCGACUGAAACUUUUAGAGAAGAUGCUGAAAAUGUGUGAAAAGUGGUGGUUUAGUUCACUUUCUUGGGAUGCAUAGGCCUGCAUAUGUUGUAGAUUAGCAAAACAGAAAAGAAGAAGAAAAGAGCAUCACUGUUUGAUGUUUUGCCCUCGCAUAGGAAUGUAGUACGAUAUAGUCUACUGCCAGCCACCCUUUGAACUGCAAGGGCUUGUUUUUUUGGAGCUGUGAUCAGCCAGCAAGAUGUCCGAGUUCAGCCAAAACUCUGACCAAGAGGAAAUUUGUUCCGGGGAGAUUGAUGAAGAUGAAAUUCUAGCAAACCUGUCUCCAGAAGAACUGAAGGAACUACAGAGUGAAAUGGAAGUCAUGGCUCCAGACCCUGAAGUGCCAGUUGGGAUGAUACAGAAAGAUCAGACUGAGAAACCUCCAACAGGAAAUUUUGAUCACAGAUCGCUGGUUGACUACCUGUAUUGGCAGAAGGCAUCCAGGCGGAUGCAUGAAGACGAGAGGGUGCCAGUCACACUCCUACCAUCGGAGAGACACAGUGGAGAAAAGUCUGAAGAAGUUUCUGGUGCUAAUGAUGAGAAUCAAAAGGUGAAAAGUGUUACACAGAAAACAAAUGGAGACAUAAGAGAUUACAAAAGUGAUGAAGAGGAGGAGGAAGAGGAAGAAGAGGAGGAAGACGAAGAGGAGGAGGAGGAGGAGGAGGAAGAAGAGGAUGAUGAUAAUGAAGAAUAUGAGGAACAUAAAAAAGACAAAGAUGAUCUGGUAACCAAGAAAUCAUAUGGUGAUAAAGACAACAAAAGCAAACAAGAUACUGAGGCAUCUUAUACAGAAUCAGAUGAAAAAGAAGAUACUGAGAAGAAAGUAUCAAAGUUAGCUAUUCCCAAAAAAUUAGCACUCGAUACCAGUUUUAUUAAGUUAAGUGCAAGGCCUUCAGGAAAUCAAACAAACUUAGAUGACAGUUUGGCAAAAGUGCGAAGAAAUGACCCAAACAUAACUGAACUCAACUUGAAUAACAUUGAGAACAUCCCCAAGGAAAUGCUGGUGGACUUUGUCAAUGCCAUGAAAAAGAACAAGAACAUCAAAUCAUUCAGCUUAGCCAAUGUGGGUGCAGAUGAUAAUGUUGCUUUUGCCCUGGCCAACAUGCUACGUGAAAACAGGAGCAUUAUUACUUUGAAUAUUGAUUCUAAUUUCAUCUCGGGCAAAGGAAUUGUUGCCAUUAUGAGGUGUCUGCAGUACAAUGAAAAGUUGACCGAGCUACGUUUCCACAAUCAGAGGAGUAUGUUGGGUCAUCAAGCAGAAAUGGAGAUUGCUAGACUAUUGAAAGCGAACCCUACACUACUUAAGAUAGGCUACCACUUUGAGCUUCCAGGACCUCGAAUGGUGGUUACUAAUUUGCUCAGCAGAAAUCUUGAUAAACAGAGGCAGAAGAGGAUAGAAGAACAAAAGCAGCAACAGUUAAAACAGCAGAAGGAGCUAAUAGCCAUGUUAGAGAAUGGACUUGGGUUGCCUCCUGGGAUGUGGGAACUACUAGGAGGACCAGUGCCUGCUGCAAUGAUGCCUCCUCCAAUGGCAUCUCCAAUGCCAUCCAUCCCCAAGGUGUCCUCUAUUGGCAGAAAAAAUGAACCUGCAAGAAAGCCAGCCCCUGCACAUGAAGACAACGAUAACACUCCCUCCUUCAAAGUAGUGAAACUUAAGCGAACACAGCGCAAACCCACUAUACCAGAAUAUGUGGAGCCAGCCGAAAAAACUAAUCUCAAAGAUGUGAUCAAGACAUUAAAGCCUAUCCCAAGAAGGCGGCCACCUCCCCUGAUGGAAAUCACUCCUAGAGAUAAGCUUCUUAAUGAUAUUCGUCAGAGCAACGUAGCUUAUCUGAAACCAGUACCUGUACCCAAAGAGCUGGAAUAAGGCACCCGGUUCAGCUGAAGGAGACAACUUGAAGGAAAGAAACAAAGUAACAAACACAGACUGUUCAAGUGUUACUUCAGGUUGUUUCAAGGGCAGUUUUUCCUUCAGGUGGAAGCGAUAAAGACGUGGGAACAACAUUUGAAGCAUGCUGUCUGGUGAAGUGAUGAUUGAAAAGAGUAGAAUGGAAGCAGUAUGAAUGGUUAAUAAUAGCCAUCUAAUCUCAAGUAACAAGCUGGUGCCAUGGCCCUAUAGCCGCCAUCUACAUUUAACGUCUGAGACGGUAGAGUGGAAAGGGAUACUUUACCUUCCCUCAUUAUGUUACCACUUGUAUAUAGAUUAUUUCAGUAAAUCUCAUUACAAGCAUGUCAUUUACAGAAGCAUGUGAUGUCCUUUUCAGAGUUUUCCCUUUUUCCCUCAUUCACUCUCCCAUAGGUCUGUAGAAUGUCUGCCAGCCUCAAAAAAAAUUGUUUUGCAAACCAUAACUACGUCUGUUCUUCUUCAAAAGAGCCCCAAAAUAGAAAUAAAUGCCUCCUUUUAGAAAGGUUUGAUGUAUAUCUUUCCUGUGCUACAGGGGUUGAGAAAAAGAGACAAGGACUGUGGAGAUGUAAUAAGAAGGGUUUUUGGGGAGGGGGGUCCUAGAAAAAGAAUAAAUUUCUUCAUCCUCCUCCCCAUUGUGAGGUGGCAGCUAUUGCCGCUUCUCUCCACUAAAUUUUCCAUUGACGUGCUUACUUGUGCGUCCAACCAUAUCUUUGCAAGAAAGAAAAUUCAUUUUCCUCCUUCAAACAACAGUUUCUUGUGAGUCUAUUGCUCACCAUCAUCCCUUAUACAAUGGGCUCUCUGUAUCUGCCAGGAUUUGGUUUCAGGCCCCCUGUGGAUCCCAACAUCCAUGAUUGUAUACAAUUGUGUAGAAAAAUGGUAUCCCUCAUAUAAAAUAAUGCAGGAGAAAGACUGAAAUUGGGAGAUGCUACAGCAAGGUAUGCCUAGACAUCAGUGUAUCCUCAACACGCAGCAAAAUCAAGGUUGUUUUUUAAAAAAAAAAUGGGGGGGGGGAGGUAUUUUCAAGUUGUGCUUGGUUGAAUCCACGAAGGCAUAACCUGUGGAUACAGACAGCUGACUAUACUUUCUUUUUUUGUUUGUCAUUUUCUCCUCUGCCAACUUGUACUGGGUCUCUCAAAAUGCAAACUGAUAUGUACCACAGAUAUAUCACUGAAUUUCUGUAGACCAAAGAGUUUGGUCUGGUGAGCAAGAAAAAGAGGGUUAAACUCUGCUCAAGAUUUUUGGUUGCCUGGCAAAUGACACUGCCUUGUACCAACCAAAAUGUUUUGGUACAUGUGGCAUCCCAACAGUAUAAUCAAAAUAACAGCAAAUUAAAUAGCUAGUGAUUUGCUGCCCUUUCAUGACAAAGUGUUCUCCUUGAGGUGGAUACUUCACUCUGCAUAAUGGCAGGAUUUUGCCUGGCUAGGGCUCUUGACAAUAAGAUCUCUAUCGUUUUAAGUUGUGACAGAUGUCUGACCAUACUAUUCUUAUCAAUGCUUUUGCUUUUCAUUAGGUAUGGUAAAUUGUGAAAUAUAAAAUUUCACUGUUGUGAGGAAAAGCCCUGAUUAUAACUGAGAUUACAGCAGUUAUCUCAGUUAUAAUCAGUUAUAAUCAAGGCAGAUCUGGCAAGUUAUCCAGGUUUGCUCUAAGAAAGUCAGCAUCAUUGACUAGCUUUCUUGAAAUUGCCAAGAAUGCAGCCUGUCAACUAUGGGACCAGGCAUCUCAAAUAUUUCUCAAAGAGGUAUGGUUUUCCAUAUUCCUGACUGAAAGUCCCAUGUUGUUCUUGCUGCAUCUCUGAACUUUUCAUUCCUUUCCUCCCAAUCAAGACCACCUUCUAUAAUCACACAGUAAAACUGAACUGUAGAAGUGUGCUUCUUAAAUUUUCUGAAAUGGUAGAUCAGCAGACUUUUAACCGCCAAUGUGUCAGGAGCUGGCACUGUAUUCUCGCCCAUUGGUUACCAUUGCUUCUUUAUUUCCUGGAAACACUUCAGAGACCUUCAUUUCAUGGCUUUCAGACCAACCUCAUUUGACAGAGCAUCACUUUUGGAGUAGCACUGUUGCAGAACAGCCCUUGGGACCACUUGUUAAUUGACUGGAGAAUCUGGGAAUGAUUGAUGCCACGAUCUUUACUAGAUGGCUUACUUCAGGUGCUUGGUGUACUGCCCAACUCAAAAUUGCAAGUUUGCUACAGGCUGAAGGGGACGAAAGUUGGCUCUUUGAAGAAAAUUGGAGAUUAGUCACUAGAAGCAAGGUGCUAAUCCAUCCUUGUCCAAUUAUAUAGCAGUUGGGUGACUCUGGGCAAGUCACAUGCUCUUACCCCAGACAACUCCAUUACAGGGUUGCAAAUGUUGGAAACAACUUGAAGACAUACAACAACAAAAAUGGCAAAUGCUUAUCUGGCUUGGCUGCUUGAUUUUUUUUUUUUUAAACUGCCAUGAAGAAGAUGGAAACCAAAAUACACUUUUUGCAUAUACAGGCAAAAUUAUGAACAAGAUAGGUUCUGUAGAUUUGUUCUUAAGUUGAAUUUGUUAGUUGAAACAGGUACAUUUGUAAGUGUAACUCCAGCCAAAAGUAUAUUUUAGUUAACACCCUGUGGUGUUUGUUUUGCUGUCUGUGCCCCUGUUCAGAAGAUUUCUCCUCACUUUCGGUCCCUGUGAUAAUUGGAUUUUGAAAAAAUGUUCUUGAUGUGGAAACAAGAAUUGGUGAUAAAGCUCCAGUGGAGACACCUUUCCCCUAUGUUAACUCUGUCAGAAGUUCCAAGGGGUAGAUUUCUCAUCCUGUUCUUAACUAUGAGUAAUUUGUAAGUCAGAUGUUUGCAACUCGGAGAUUACCUGUAUAAGAAAGAAAACACUCAGUCUCCUUUCCAUGUUGUCCAUGAGGAAAGGACCCAUUUUGAGAUCCUAAGUACACAUAAGAUCAUUCAUUUAUGACUUAUGUUUCUAGCAAUGCAUAGUUCCAUCAGCAAUGAGGAUGUUACAAUAUAUGUUGCUGACCAGGACAGAUAUGUGUUUCUGUCCAUGCUUCUAAUUCAUGAAGUACUUACAGCAUAUUUAUUUCUUAACUGAAGUUAUGCAGCUUGUCUGUCCCUUCAGUUCUCCCACCUUACAAUCAGGUAUGCAGCUAUAUUAUGGGGCUGCACACACCACUGCUUAGCUCAAGGGAUUUCUCUACCUGUGUUGAAUUAUUGAUUUGCCAUGAGGAGAAUAUGAAAGUGUCUCAUGCCACUGAGCUGGAUUUGAUGUGCUGAAUACUUGAAAAUUCUGGUUGUAGAAAAGGAGUGCUGCCUGCUAACACUUCAACAGUCCAGCUGGUUCACUAGAAUGAUUGUCUGAGAGGUUUAUUUCCUUUUAUUUAAUGUAUUCCUUGAACGAACACAACAUGCAUGCAUGCAUAGUUCAUUCUUUCUUCUCUUCACUUUGUUCUCAUUAAAGUUUAUAAAGUUGGUUAGGCCAAAAUAAAUUAAUUGGCCUUGGUAACUCAUGGCUAUGUGAAAAGUUAAACUAGGUCUCCUUGGGCAUAGGCUGACACCUUCUAACAACUGUAUCAUGCUGGCUCCCUUCUGUGUUGCUACAGGGAAACUACAUUUCAUCACUACAGACAAUGUUAAACAUUUCACAAACAGCUGAGCACUUGAUGUGACAAAAAGCUUCCUGUCUAUAUAAAUAAUAUUUACCCAACUGUUCAAAACUAAAAGUUAUCACCUGCUCCCGUAAAAUUUAACACUGCUACAGUCAAGCCAAGUUUCGUAUAGAUGCAUAUGUUGUCUAUGUUUGAGUCAAGCAGUUCCAUUUGGCUAAUUUGUAGAUAACAUCAAAUUAGGAAGGGGAGCUAAUACACCAAACGCCAAAAUCAAAAUACAAAUCACCUUAAUUGAUUGGCCCAAAACCGACCACAUUGAUUUCAGCAGGGAGAAAUAGAAUGUACUAUACUUGGGCAGAAAAUAUGAAACCACAGAUAUAGGAUAGGGGAUACUUGGCUUGACUACAGUACAUGCAAAAGGUAUUUAAAGUCUUAGUCAACAGUGUGAUGCAGCAGCUAAACAAGCCAAUGUGAUUCUAAGUUAAAUUAAAAGAAGUAUAGUGUCUAAAUUGAGGGAAAUAAUAGUACCGCUCAAUUCUGCUUUAAGUCAGACUUAACCUGGAAUAUAGGGUUGGGUUGUGGGCAGCACAAAAACAAGAAGGAUGUUGACAAGUUGGAAUGUCUUCAGAGGAAGGCAACUGAAAUGGUAAAAGCUCUGGGAGCCAUGUCCUACGAGGAGCUGGUUAGGGAGCUUGAUAUAUUUAGCUUGGAGAAGGUUAAGAGGGGACAUAAUAGCCAUGUUUAAACAUUUGAAAAGAUGUCAUAUCAAAGAUGGAGAAAGUUUGUUUUUUGCUGCUUCUGAGACUAGGACAGAAAGCAAUGAAGUGAAUAUAUAGGAAAUGAGAUUCCAACUAAUUUACUUUAUUUAUUUCCAAUAUUUCCAAUAUUUCUACCACGCCCUUCUCCCCGAGGGGACUCAGGGCGGCUUACACAACUGGUAGGAUCACUACCAGUACAUCAUAAUACGUUUGGGAAAAUAGCCUAAUGUUAAUACGUUUGGGAAAAUAGCCUAAUGUUGAGUAAGAUCUGUAGACACUGGAAUGCACCACCUCUGAAUGUGGUAGCCUAUCCUCCUCUGGAGGAUUUUAAACAGAGGCUGGAUGGCUGUCUGUCAUGAAUAUUUUGUGCAUUCCUGCAUGGCAGAAUAGGGUUAGCUCUUCUGGUGUUUGCCAGCUAUGAUUCGAGCAUCAUCACCAUCCCCAAUGAUAUUAAAGUAAAAAUGGUGGGUGAGCCAAACCUAUGGUCAUGUUGCUGGCAAAAAAACAUGGGGAAGGGGGAUUAGGUGUUAGGAAGGGUAGACUGGAUUAAUGACAAGAGAGUCUGACAAAUAUUUUCAGAAAUGUAUGGGUAAAGAACUAUGAAGUGAUGAAUAUAAGUAUAGAUGACUAUGUAGUGAUCUUAUAGAAACACCUUACCAACUGAACAUCCCUAGCGUGACAGAUCAGUUUUCUUAUUAAUUGAACUUUUUUCUUAUCAGACUCUCUCUCUCUCUCUCUCUCUCUCUCUCUCUCUAUAUAUAUAUAUAUAUAUAUAUAUAUACAUACAUCUUAGUGUCUUAUCCAAAGUGUCCUUUUAUUCUCAGAUAUUCUCUUGCACACCUCAUAGGUUUUGCACAAUCAUUAAACAACACCAAAAGAAAACAAACAUGUAAUUCAAGAAUACUCACAACAAUGAGCAAAGUGUCCUUACUAAGCAGCAAAAAGUAUUAGAAAUCAGGCUCCAUCGAUAAACUUCAGUGGACACUUAAGACAGAUAAAUAUCAGUGGACACUCAUGGGGACUUGGUUAACCAGGUAAAAUUCAUGAGUAAAGCAGGGUUUUUUUAACCUGAAAUUUUUCGAGGGGGGGGGGAAUUGAACCCCUAACCCCCCCCCCCCUUGGCUACAGCCCUGUGUUCAUGUAUUUGUAAAGGUUUGUACAAACCCACAUUACAUGUUGAGUAUUCAAGUCCUAUACAAUAUUCAAUGUAUUCCCACGUAUGUAUGAAAGAUAUAUCAAAUUUGAAAAAACAAAAAAGCCCUAACAUCUUCCUCUUGAGCCUCAGAUCUAAGUCAUUCCUUUUUUUCAUAAGACCUGGACUGACAGGCCAUAGUGCAGUAUGUCCUAUUAUUUUUUACCCAGUGUUGAUUUCAAAUGAAGUUGUUUGGAAAGGGUCACAAAUAAUGGUGCAGCUUUUAAGCAGUAUGGUGGCAGCAGCCAACUACGAGCAGCUGUUCAUAACAGCUGCUGACAGCAGGUUCAGGCAGUAUCUUUAUGAGUUUCUAAACAUGACAUUGCUCUGUAAAUUUAGGCCCGAGGCCUUCAAGUUGCAUGCCUCUAAGUCCUUUCAACAAGUAUGACUGGCAGGUCAAAAGGACGCACUAGCUGCAGCUGCCGUACCUUUCGUUUUGGAUGCUGUACAUUGUGCCAUCUCUCAUGCAUCUCUUCAGUUAGUUAGCAGCACACCUUACACAAUACGUACAUUCACUGGAUAAAAGGUGAUGGAACAACACAUGCAGAGGAGGCAAAAGAAAGGUAAGCCUCCAACUCCUAGAGCUGAAAUGUAUCACUGUAACUAUGUACUAUCUUGCUGAUGAAGGCAAUUAGAAACAGGCCUGUACAACCUGUGGACCUCCAGCUUGUUUGGCCUCCAAAUCCCAGAAGCCCUACCCAGCUUGUCCAAUGGCCAGGAAUUCUGGGAGUUGGAGGUCAAAACUGCUAGAGGUCCACAGGCUGUGCAGGCCUGAUCUAAGAGCACAUCUACACUAACCAUUUAAUGUAGUUUGAAGGCAACUUGAGAGUGUGACAGCUAUACAAUGCAUCCUGCAAAAAUGUGCUGCAGCAUGCUUUAAAAGCUUAAAACUGCUAUAAACAAAGAUGGGUGAAAGUCUAAAAUAACGGCCUUAAUGCACAUCAGCUUGCUCUAGUACAGUGGUUCUCAACCUGUGGGUCCCCAGGUGUUUUGGCCUACAACUCCCAGAAAUCCCAGCCAGUUUACCAGCUGUCAGGAUUUCUGGUGAUGAAGGCCAAAACAUCUGGAGACCCACAGGUUGAGAAGUCCUGUUCUAGUAUAAACCACCAUCACAUGGCAAAAGUGACUCCACAGAAAGUGAACUUUUGUGUGGAUACUCGCAGUGCUCCGCUGAUCUAGACGUACGCAUUUCAGGAGAGUGGGGGUUGAAAGAAAACCUCCAUUCACCACAAAUGUCAAGUGGCAGAUUCUGUGGAUUCUGGAACUAGUUUAAGACCUGCCUCUGCAGUUUGUGUAAUCACCAUCUGGGACUCAAACUGGUUUCAAGGUUUCUAAUGUAAUCAUCUGCACACAGAAGCUGCUUCUAUGAUGGUUCAAAGUACGCUAAGUGGUCAGUAAGUGUCAAGGCAGCUAAAGCUUUUGAGAAUUCCUGGAGGAAUAGAAUUUGGAAAUCACUGAUUUAUAAAUACAGUAGUGUCUCACUUAUCCAACAUAAACGGGCCGGCAGAAUGUUGGAUAAGCGAAUAUGUUGGAUAAUAAGGAGAGAUUAAGGAGAAGCCUAUUAAACAUCAAAUUAGGUUAUGAUUUUACAAAUUAAGCACCAAAACAUCAUGUUAUACAACAAAUUUGGCAGAAAAAGUAGUUCAAUACACAGUAAUGCUACAUAGUAAUUACUGUAUUUACGAAUUUUGUACCAAAAUAUCAUGAUAUAUUGAAAACAUUGACUACAAAAAUGCGUUGGAUAAUCCAGAACGUUGGAUAAGUGAAUGUUGGAUAAGUGAGACUCUACUGUAAUUGUAUUCUCAGUAUUUCUAACAUUUCAGACUCAGAUAUUAGAGGGACUAUUUAAUCACAAAGUAAGACAAAAUACAUAUCAAGACCAAUUUAUUUAUCUUUAAUCCUGGAAUCUAGAGACAUAAUUCCAACAAAAUAUCAAUCAUGUAACAGUAAAAUAUGGAAUGAGAUGUUACAAUUCUCAGUUCAAAAGGGAAAAAGUCCAUGGUUUGUGAAGGGAGACCUGAGGAUAUUUACUACCUAAACAAUAGAAGGACAGGGAGCAUGUGGCUUUGCAGAUGAAGUUGAACUGCAACUCUCAUUAUCUCUUCUGGUCAAGUAAGCUGGCUAAUACUGAUAAGAAAUGCAGUCCAAACACUUCUGGAAGGCCACAUAUUCUCUGCCACUGUAACAACUCUAUGGAGAAAAAUACAGAAAAAGGAAAAA